CCUCCACCUCUUUUCGAUGGCUGAGGGCGAAGAGAAGAACGGAAUUCUCGAUUCGAUGCCCGUGUUCGCUAAGGAGCUAAUCGCCGGCGGCGUCACCGGCGGUAUAGCUAAAACCGCCGUAGCUCCACUCGAGCGAAUCAAGAUUCUUUUCCAGACAAGAAGGGACGAGUUUAAACGCAUAGGACUCGUGGGAUCCAUCAACAAGAUUGGCAAAACUGAGGGUUUAAUGGGUUUCUAUCGUGGGAAUGGUGCAAGUGUUGCUCGGAUAGUUCCCUACGCUGCUCUUCACUACAUGGCUUACGAGGAAUACAGGAGAUGGAUCAUCUUCGGCUUCCCCGACACUACUCGUGGACCGUUGCUUGAUCUCGUUGCUGGAUCGUUCGCUGGUGGCACUGCCGUUCUCUUCACUUACCCUCUUGACCUCGUCCGAACAAAGCUCGCUUAUCAGGUUGUUGGUUCAGCAAAAGCACAAGCCAAAGCUGUUACUAUCCCCAUGGAACAAUUCUUGUACACUGGAAUCACCGAUUGUUUCUCGAGGACGUACAGAGAAUCUGGAUUCCGUGGCCUAUAUCGCGGUGUAGCUCCUUCUCUGUAUGGGAUCUUCCCUUACGCUGGUUUGAAGUUCUACUUCUACGAGGAGAUGAAACGCCACGUCCCUGCAGAGCAUAAGAAAGACAUUUCUUUGAAACUCGUUUGUGGAUCGGUCGCUGGAUUGCUUGGUCAGACGUUAACGUACCCUCUCGAUGUUGUCAGGAGACAAAUGCAGGUUGAGAGACUAUACGCAGCGGCUAAGGAAGAAACGGUACGAAGAGGGACAAUGCAGACGCUUGUCAAGAUUGCUAGAGAAGAAGGUUGGAAGCAACUCUUCUCGGGGCUUAGCAUCAAUUACCUUAAGGUUGUACCAUCUGUGGCAAUUGGAUUCACGGUUUAUGAUGUAAUGAAGCUGCACUUAAGAGUCCCGUCACGAGAGGAAACAGAGGCAGAAGAUAGGACCACACGGAAAAGAAACACUUUAAGCUGAUUCUAAGAUCAUCAUCCAUGAUCUGAUUCUUUGUGGUGCUUAAUAACCACAGAUUAUUAGUUGGAAGUGUGUACAUUCCAUUUUUUUUCGCAGAGGGAAGUUAAAGCUGUGUUCCUCCAAAUAAACAGUGUUAAAAUUCCAUUUGAAAACGAUAUGAAUCAUAUAUGUAGAUAUGUAAUUUGCUUUGUAGCCUUUAUGAAACUAAGAGAGACUCGAUGUAAUGAUGAAUAACAAAGAAGCUGCUUCUUAUUUA